AUGAGAGCAAGUCGAAAACUCGUUCGGAAAAUUGACUGGAAACUCAUGCCGGUUAUGUGUUUCACUUAUGCCCUCCAAUACUACGACAAAGCAAUUCUAAGUCAAGCGGCAAUUUUUGGGUUGCGAGAAGAUCUUAAGAUAGAAACUGGACUCAAAUAUUCCUGGGUGUCCUUGAUCUUCUAUUUCGGAUACCUCGUCGGGACCUACCCGAUCUCUCUCCUCGCCCAGAAAUACCGUAUUAGAGUCGUCUGCUCAGUGAUAUGCGUGCUCUGGGCUGUUGUCAUUCUCUGCACACCGGCCUGCACUUCAUACGCUGGUUUGCUCGUUAACCGAUUCUUUCUCGGUCUGAUCGAAGCCGGCGUAUCGCCAAUAUGCAUGCUUGUCGUUGGACUCUGGUACACACAUUCAGAGCAAGUUCUACGAUCAAGUUUCUGGUACUCGUGUAGUGGCGGCUCACUUUUGAUAUCUCCGCUGAUUAACUAUGGACUUGGUUCUAUCACUGGGGGUCCAUUAAGCCCUUGGCAAUACAUGUAUCUAAUAGCCGGAGCCGCAACCUUUGGCUGGGGUAUCGCACUUUGGUGGCUGUUUCCCGACAAUGUCCAGGAGACUCCUGGAUUCACACCAGAAGAGCGACAGCUUCUGCUGUACCGACUGGAAUCUAACAAUUCAGGCACGGAGAACAAGGAGUUCAAACCUGGUCAAUUGAAAGAGGCGAUGUCUGACUAUCAAUUUUGGGCCAUCAUGGUUCUCUCCAUCACGUCUUCCUCGGGAUCUGGCGCGAUCACCACAUUCGGGUCUAUUAUAUUCUACGGAAUGGGAUUCGAUACGUUCACAUCCCUGCUCAUGAACCUCCCCAUCGGUGCAUUGGCCUUCAUCUGUAUCCUUGGUUCCGGCUAUCUCGGUCGAAAUUUCCCAAACGCGCGACUUUACAUCAUUGCCGCCUCUUGCUUACCGGUCAUUUUAGGUUGUGCUUUACUAUGGAAACUCCCAACCUCAAUGCAAACAGGACGAAUCGUAGGCUUCUACCUAAUCAACUUUUUCUCCUCUGCCUGGGUCCAAUGCAUCGGCCUAGGAACCUCCAACGUGGCAGGCCAUACCAAGAAAACCGUCUACGCAGCAGGCACAUUCAUCGGCUACUCUAUCGGGAACAUCGUAGGCCCACUGAUGUUCGACGCUCGUUAUGCCCCGCGAUAUGACAAGAGCUUUAUCGGCCUCAUGAUAUGUUUUGUGGUCUGUUUCUGUACCUCGUUGCUUCUUCGUCAGGCACUGGCUGUCGAGAACCGUUCGCGGGAUAGGGAGUUUCUAGGACAGAGUAGGGGAGAAGGCUUGGAGGAUAUGACGGAUAAAGAUAAUAGACACUUCCGGUAUAAUCUCUAG